AUUUGGUUCCUCUCCCCAAUUUCCUAGUUCCAACUCUUCGACAUGGAUAGCUCAGUUGCUCCAGUCACCAUAGACAAUGACCACCAAAAUUCCAGCAAGGUCACCACUCAGAAAAAGUCCUCCAGAGGAGGCUGGAACGCUGCCAUUUUUGUCAUCUUUGUUGAGAUGGCAGAGCGAUUUGCUUUCUAUGGUUUGGCUGGAAACCUGAUCACAUAUCUCACAAAUAAUCUUGGUCAGCCAGUUGCCACUGCUGCCAAGAACGUCAAUACCUGGGUUGGGGUUUCCGCAAUCUUUCCUUUACUCGGAGCUUUCAUUGCCGACUCAUACCUUGGCCGCUUCAAGACAAUCCUUGUGGCCUCUUUCAUCUACUUCUUGGGAAUGGUAUUGUUGAGUUUAUCAGUGUCAGUAAUUCCUAUGCAUUCUCGAAAAGCUGUGUUUUUCACAGCACUUUACGUAUUAGCCAUAGGUGAAGGUGGGCACAAGCCCUGUGUUCAGACCUUUGCAGCUGAUCAGUUCGAUGAGAGCAACCCGGAAGAGAAGGCAGCCAAAAGCUCAUUUUUCAACUGGUGGUACCUGGGGAUUGUUACUGGGGCCUCAGUAGCCAUUAUUGUUGUGAUUUAUCUCCAGGAUAAUGUCGGUUGGACAGCAGGAUUUGUGGUGUUAGCUGGGUCAUUGGCAGUGGCAUUGGCAUUGUUUUUGAUUGGAAUCAAGAGGUACCGAAAGCAGCGUCCGACGGGAAGCCCGUUCACGACGUUGGCUCAGGUCUUCGUCGCGGCGGCAAAGAAGUGGCGCGUGAGUGAGACACACCGUGGCAGGGGUAUUUGUUAUGAGGAUGAUAGAGGUGGGAGCCACGUCCAAGGUCAAAGCAAGGGUUGCAAAUUGGUCCGUACAAAGCAAUUCAGAUUUUUGGAUAAGGCAAUGAUCAUUGACAACAAAGAUGCAUUGAGCAAAACCAGGAACCCUUGGAGGCUUUGUUCAUUGAACCAAGUUGAAGAAGUUAAGCUUGUGCUUCGCCUCAUCCCCAUUUGGCUUGGUUGCUUAAUGUUUUCUGCUGUGAUAACUCAAUUACACACAUUUUUCACCAAGCAAGGCAGCACAAUGUUGAGAUCAAUAGGACCCCAUUUCCAAGUUCCAGCAGCAGCACUCCAAAGUCUUGUAGGCUUCACAAUCCUCAUCGCAGUUCCGGUUUAUGAUCGGCUUUUCGUCCCUAUAGCUCGAAAAAUAACUGGACAUACCUCAGGAAUAACCAUGCUACAAAGAAUUGGUAUUGGCUUGUUUGUGUCUAUACUUAACAUGGUUGUUGCAGGCAUGGUAGAGACUGCAAGGGUUAACACUGCUAGAAAACAUGGCCUAAUUGACACCCCGAAAGCCAUAGUCCCAAUGAGUGUGUGGUGGUUACUUCCACAGUAUGUGCUCACUGGAAUUGGGGAUGUGUUCACCAUUGUUGGAUUACAAGAAUUGUUCUAUGAUCAAAUGCCUGAAGAAAUGAGAAGCAUUGGAGCUGCUGCUUAUAUAAGUGUAGUGGGAGUUGGGAGCUUUAUCAACACUGCAAUUAUCUCUGUUGUGCAAAUGGUCACUUCAAGGCAUGGGAAUGUAUGGUUGGGAGAUAAUCUCAAUCGAGCACAUCUUAAUUACUUCUAUUGGGUAUUGGCAGGGUUGAGUGCUAUCAAUUUGUGUUUUUUUAUGUGGAUUGCUAAUGGUUUUGUGUACAAAAACGUUGAAAAUGAUGAAACAAGUGUGGGGAAAGAGUUGGAAAUGGAAGAUUAUUUGGAGGUAAAAGUGUGAAGCUGAAGGGUAUUUGGCUCAUCGGCACUUUUAAUGCCAACAAAUUUAAAAUUCAAAUGUCAUAACUAGUAAGUUCUUAUCAUAUAUUUGGGUUACGAGAUCUUUUGUAACAAAAAAAAAAAGGGUAUUUGGAUGUAAAAAUACUAAUCUAUAUAUACUAUACUAGGAAGUAAGAUUCUCAAAUGUUUAAAUGAAAAAAUA